AUGGCGGAAAUACCCAUCAUUGUAGGGGUAGGGGAUGUCGUGAACCGAUCGACUUCAACCGACGCCGCACUGGAACCUUUGCGGCUAAUACUGGACUCGAUCCGAAAUGCUCUAGAAGACACGGGUUUGGCCGAGGAGAAGCAGAAGUUUCUUCAAAAGGCCAUUGACAGUAUUGAUGUCGUGAGAACGUGGACAUGGCCAUACGAUGACUUGCCAGGCGAUAUCGCCCGCAAUCUGGCAGUGGACCCACGGCACAAGUUCUACACUGAACAUGGCGGCAACAAUCCGGCGAAACUCUUCGAUGAUGCAGCGAGAAGGAUUUCAAACGGCCAGACCAAAGUCGCCGUAGUGACAGGCGGUGAGGCUUUGGCGUCAUUGACGGCGUGUGCGGCGGCAAAGCAAUUACCGCCCGCAGGAUGGACAAAGACAAAAGAGAGCGUGACUUCGGUCUUCAAAGCCACCGGGAGAGAUCAACAAGCAGACCUUGGUCAGGUUCAAGGGAUAACGGACCCCAUACAAAUUUAUCCCCUGUAUGAAAAUGGUUUACGUGCGCACCGAAAACAAUCGCUUAGAGACAAUCACAACGAGUCAGCAACAUUGUAUGCCGACUUCGCCAAAGUAGCAGAGCACCAACCGUAUGCUUGGAACUAUGGCAAGCCGGCAAAGUCAAAAGAGGAGAUCGGGACCGUCACGAAGCGAAACCGAAUGAUCUGUCUGCCGUACCCCCUUCUUAUGAACGCUUUCAACACCGUCAAUCUUGCAGGAGCGUGUAUCUUGACUUCGACAACCUAUGCAGAAGAGCUAGGCAUACCAAAGACAAAAUGGAUUUAUGCCCUGGGUGGUGCUGGAACGCAGGACUCGACCAAUUUCUGGGAAAGACCCAACUACUACUCGAGCCCAUCCAUUGAGCGGUCUCUAGAUUCUGCGCUCGAGGUAUCUGGUCUGGACAAAAGCGAUAUUGACUUGUAUGACUUUUACUCUUGUUUCCCUAUCGUACCCAAACUUGCUGCGGCGCAUUUGAAGCUGCCUAUCACAGGAGGAGCUCAAGCUCUCACUCUUCUUGGGGGAUUGACGAGUUUCGGCGGUGCCGGUAACAAUUAUUCAAUGCAUGCCAUCACCGAGAUGACACGACAAUUACGACAGGGUAAAGGACGGAAUGGACUGAUCCUUGCUAACGGUGGCUGGGUCACAUAUCAACAUGUGCUAUGUCUCUCUACGAUGCGACGGCGCGGGGGUACUGCCUAUCCUGACCAUGCACCACUGCCCGAUCACGUCACAGAUGUUCCUAUCCCACAGGUCGAUAUCAAAGUGGAAGGAGACCAAGAAGCCGUAAUCGAGACUUACACUGUCGAAUUCAAUCGUGAUAACACACCGAGAGAAGCAUAUGUCGUAGGCCGACUGAGGAACGGCCACAGGUUCGUGGCGAAUGAGGGCGACAAGGAGACUUUAGUACAGCUGUCAUCAACCACUACAGAGCCGAUUGGACGUACAGGACGCGUCUACAAUGACGGAAAGAGAAAUCGGUUUGUUUUGGAGAGGGGAUUGACGGGGAAGCUGUGA